AUGGCAGCCUCGUCGUCACCGGGACUCUUCUCCGCCCCGGCUCCGAUACGCUCCCUCUUCAACUCGUUCCCUCUCGCCGUACAUCCCGCCGAAGCGCUCCCCGCGCGUGCCCCAGACACCACGGGCGAUGACGCGACGGCGGCCCUGCCCCGACUGUAUGUCUUUGCGCGCGAGCGUGAUGCGGACCUGGGCCUGCCAAGCUUUAACCCGACGUGCCUGAAGUGGCAGACCAUCUUGAGGAUCGCAAACGUCUGUGUCCGCCUGGUGCCGUCGUCGAACCACGCCUCGCCGUCCGGUGCCCUCCCAUUUCUCAUGCUACCUUCGAGCGCAUCGACGAUAGCGGUACCGCUGACGGGCGAGAAGAUUGCGCGCUUCGCCCAACAACACGCCCCCGGCGCCGGUCUUGACGAUCCUUCGCCGCGCAUCGACGCCUACCAGGCGCUCAUCGCCCACCAAGUCCGUCCUGCUUGGCUUUAUUCUUUAUACAUAAACCCGGCCAACGGCCCCCUGCUCGACGCACUCUACCUCCCCUCUUCCGCCCUCCUCCGCCCUACACAACGGCAUACCCUCCGCACGGCCGCCAUGACCGAGAUACUGAAAUCAACUCGCCGCACGACCGGUGGCUUCGAUGCAGACCAACUCUUCCACGCCGCCCAAGAAGCCUUUGCAGCCCUGUCAGCGCUUCUUGGGGAGGCAGAGUGGUUCUUGGGUACUGGCGUGGGGCGAUAA